GGGGGGACUGGUAUAAAGCAGCAGGCGCCAGUGCCGCUCCAACUCACUGCAGUGCGGCUGGAGUCUGCUCUGCCCCCUCCCCACCAGUUCAACACCACCAUGACACCUGGCAUCCAGUCCCCCUUCUUCCUGCUGCUGCUUCUCCCAGUGCUUCCAGGACAGAAUAGCGUUACCUUAUCUCAAGUCUCCAACACUGCCCUAAACUCGGCCAAUUCUGUGAUCACUGCAACUCCAAGCAGCAGAUCUCCAUCAGGCUCUGCCACCACCCCAGCACACCAUGGUACCUCAUCUGGGACCACUGGGGCUCCAAGCAGCUCAGCCUCCACCCCAGUCCACCAUAGCCACUCAUCUGGGACCACUGGGGCUCCAAGCAGCUCAGCCUCCACCCCACCCCACCAUGGCACCUCAUCUGGGACCACUGGGGCUCCAAGCAGCUCAGCCUCCACCCCAGCCCACCAUGGCACCUCAUCUGGGACCACUGGGGCUCCAAGCAGCUCAGCCUCCACCCCAGUCCACCAUAGCCACUCAUCUGGGACCACUGGGGCUCCAAGCAGCAGCUCAGCUUCCACCCCACCCCACCAUGGCACCUCAUCUGGGACCACUGGGGCUCCAAGCAGCAGCUCAGCCUCCACCACAGCCCAUCAUGGCACCUCAUCUGGGACCACUGGAGCUCCAAGUAGCUCAGCCUCCACCCCACCCCACCAUGGCACCUCAUCUGGGACCACUGGGGCUCCAAGCAGCUCAGCCUCCACCCCAGCCCACCAUAGCCACUCAUCUGGGACCACUGGGGCUCCAAGCAGCUCAGCCUCCACCCCAGCCCACCAUAGCCACUCAUCUGGAACCACUGGGGCUCCAAGCAGCUCAGCCUCCACCCCAGCCCACCAUAGUCACUCAUCUGGGACCACUGGGGCUCCAAGUAGCUCAGCCUCCACCCCAGCCCACCAUAGCCACUCAUCUGGGACCACUGGGGCUCCAAGCAGCUCAGCCUCCACCCCAGCCCAUCAUGGCACCUCAUCUGGGACCACUGGGGCUCCAAGCAGCUCAGCCUCCACCCCACCCCACCAUAGUCACUCAUCUGGGACCACUGGGGCUCCAAGUAGCUCAGCCUCCACCCCAGUCCACCAUGGCUCCUCAUCUGGGACCACUGGGGCUCCAAGCAGCUCAGCCUCCACCCCAGCCCACCAUAGCCACUCAUCUGGGACCACUGGGGCUCCAAGCAGCUCAGCCUCCACCCCACCCCACCAUAGCCACUCAUCUGGGACCACUGGGGCUCCAAGCAGCUCAGCCUCCACCCCAGCCCACCAUAGCCACUCAUCUGGGACCACUGGGGCUCCAAGCAGCUCAGCCUCCACCCCAGCCCACCAUAGCCACUCAUCUGGGAGCACUGGGGCUCCAAGCAGCUCAGCCUCCACCCCAGCCCAUCAUGGCACCUCAUCUGGAACCACUGGGGCUCCAAGCAGCUCAGCCUCCACCCCAGCCCACCAUGGCUCCUCAUCUGGGACCACUGGGGCUCCAAGCAGCUCAGCCUCCACCCCAGCCCACCAUAGCCACUCAUCUGGGACCACUGGGGCCCCAAGCAGCUCAGCCUCCACCCCAGCCCAUCAUGGCACCUCAUCUGGAACCAAUGGGGCUCCAAGCAGCUCAGCCUCCACCCCAGCCCACAAUGACACUUUAGCCCCAACUGCGGGGACUUCAUCAGUCUCAGCUGCCACUUCAGUACACAGUGGCACUUCUACUAUGGCUACUACAACCCUACUCGACAAGGGUACUAAAUCCUCAGUUUCCAGCCAGCCGUCUGACAUUUCUACCACCGCUGCCAACAUGAGCAACAGUACUGUUGCCAGUAGCAAUAGCCAUAGCACGGUGCCUCCCUCCACCUCCUCCAAUCAUAGUUCUCCUUCCCAGGUGUAUGUUAGGGUCUCUUUCUUCUCCCUGUCUUUUUACAUUUCAAACCUCAAGUUUAAUUCUUCCCUGGAAAACCCUAGAACCAACUACUAUCAAGAACUGCAGAGGAACAUUUCUGAAUUGGUUUUGCAGGUUUAUAAACAAGAUGGUUUUCUGGGCCUCUUUAAUAUCAUGUUCAGACCAGGAUCUGUGGUGGUAGAACUGACUCUCGUCUUCCGGGAGGGUACCACCAAUGCCAAAGAAGUGAUGUCACAGUUUUAUCAGCUCAAAGAGGAAGGAUCGAAUUAUAACCUGAACAUCUCAAGAAUCAAGGCGAAUGAGGUGCUGUUUCCUUCCUCUGCCCAGUCUGGGUCUGGGGUACCAGGCUGGGGCAUUGCCCUGCUGGUGCUGGUCUGUGUUCUACUUGCGUUGGCCAUCUUAUAUCUCAUUGCCUUGGCGGUGUGUCGGUGUCGCCAAAAGAACUAUGGGCAUCUGGAUAUCUUUCCAUCCCGGGAAACCUACCAUCCUAUGAGUGAAUACCCCACUUAUCACACCCAUGGGCGCUAUAUGCCCCCUGGAAGUACCAACCGUAGCCCCUAUGAGGAGGUGUCUGCAGGCAAUGGCGGAGGCAGCCUCUCUUACACGAACCCAGCAGUGGCAGCCACUUCUGCCAACUUGUAGGGACAGGUCACCUGCUCAGCGCUCAGCUGCCAGAAGUGCCUCAAGUUCUUCACUGCCAGAGCCCCUCUCUCCCAAUCUGGGCUGAUGAGCUGGGAAUUCCGGUGGGCUGCUCACAGCCUCCCUCAGAGGCUUUACCAAGCCCCCUAACCCAUCUUAGCCUGGUGAAGCCCAGCUGUGCCCCGGGGGAUAUGCCUGGGACAGUGGGGCCCUGGUAGCUCUCAGGAGGAUUGGCCUAGGAAUUCUGGCAAUGGAGGUGAGAACCCAAACAUGACUGAAUAAAAUGUGGCCUCCUGUCCUGCCAA